GGACCCGAAACGGCACCCAUCCCUUCUCUCCAGAGAUGCUGCCUGACCCGCUGAGCUACUCCCGGCAUUGUGUGUCUGUCCCCCUUUCUGCCGCCGGGUUUCAAACGGCCGUGCGUGCCCGCAAUCACGUCACGUCACGCCCGGCCCACCCUGCGUUCCAGUUCCCACGGCCGCCCCUUUACGCCGCCUGACGCUUUAGGCUUUCCCGGCCUUUGUCCGAUCAAGCCGCUUCCCCCGGAGCGUCUGAAGUCAGGCGGUGGGUUCCGAACACUCGUGCGUUUUUCAGCGGGCCUGGUCUGCGUGCCAAUUUGGAAGGAGGGUCGAACGCUUGUUCGGUGUGCGAGUACAUGGAGGAAUCAGGAAGUAAGCGGGCGCUGAGUGAACAGUAUAUUCAUAUUUCUCUACACCAAUUAUACAGACUAAAUAUACAGCGCCUCAAUCCAUUAUCACAAUUAUUUUUCUCCUGGGAACAAAAUAGGUGCACGUGAAAAGCACCUACAGCAGUAUGAGUUCAAAUAUUCAUCAAAAGGAGUGGUAUAAAAUUCUGGGAGCUGAUCCAUCAGACAGUCUACAGGAGCUGAGACAGAAUUACCAGAGACUGAUCCUAUUGCAUCAUCCAGAUAAACAGAGUGCAGAUGUGCCAGCGGGAGAACUUGAGGAGCGCGCACAGAGGUUCAUCGAAGUUGAUCAGGCGUGGAAAAUACUAGGGAAUGAAGAGACAAAGAGAGAGUAUGACCUGCAGCGUCGUGAGGUGGCAAUGACACAGAAAUGGCCAGUUGAUGCUCAAGUCCUUUUAGAAGCCAUGAGUUGGAUUGAAGCUGACCAAAGCUACACCUACAGUUGCCGAUGCGGUGGUGAUUAUAUUCUUCCUGUAGAAGAGGCAGAAGAAAAUAUGUUUCUCGUCUGUUGCAACACUUGUUCUCUAAGCAUAGAGAUCUUGAACAGAAUUUGAAAUCACUUUUCACUGGUGCUUUUCUUUUUUUAAACUAUUUAUGCGGAAGAUAAAUGGCCAUAGAAUUUUCAGCAGCUACGGAAAAGAAUGGACACUAGCAAAGCAAACUGUGAUUAAAUGAACUACCAAGCUGCCCAGCUGAAUUACAUUUUACAUGGUUCAUUCAGUCAAAUCAAAACCAGAUUGCCAGAUUGCAAGAUUCAAUACAAUGGCAGCUUAUGAAGUUAGAAUGAUCAACAUGUAUAUCCGUCCGUGCUUGUUCCAUGGAAGGUUAUGAGAGCUUUCCUGCCAAACACUGAAUUAAUUGCAGUAGCCCUUUUUUUUGUUCAAUAUUUUUACUUUCUGAAGAACACACAGUGAAUGUGCACAUAGACUCUCCUUGGAAAAGAGGUGGAGCGAGGGACAAAAAGAGCUGGAAGUUCUUGGAGACAGGAGGAGUACUCCUGCCUGUACCCUUCAUCCUCCAACCCACCAACUCCAAAGUCAAUAAUUGAAUACUGAAUAAAUGUAUACAUUGCUAUUGAUUAAAGGAUGAGUGAUACUA